CCAAUCACAUAACGCCGAGAUCAGGUUGCCAGGCAGAUUAUGGUAAUGAGGCCCCGCCUUUUAUGCUGCUCCCACUCUGCGGCGGGAAGAACCACCUGGAGGUGGCGGGGGGGGAUUGAUUUCCAUCACCCCUAGGGAGAGAGGAUCGGGGACCCGCUGAUCUUCCAGCUCCCCUCACCCAACAUCGUGCACAUCGCAGAGGCAUCCCUUCGUCCUUCAUGAACACCUGCGUGGUAGACAGGUGACUGCCCUCCGCCCCAUGCUGCUCUAGGCGCCCCGACGUGAGCUGUCCAAGGAAAGGAUGGAUUCCAAAGAUGAGAGCUCACACGUGUGGCCCGCGGCUGCAGAACACGAAGAGAGCGCCACACAGGUACACUUUGUCCCAGACGCUGGAACUGUGGCUCAGAUCGUCUACACCGAUGACCAGGUUCGGCCGCCCCAGCAGGUGGUGUAUACGACAGAUGGUGCCUCCUACACGUCAGUGGACGGUCCCGAGCACACGCUGGUGUACAUCCAUCCCGUGGAAGCUGCGCAGACUCUGUUUACAGACCCCAGCCAGGUAGCUUAUGUCCAACAGGAUGCUACAACUCAGCAGGCCUCGUUGCCGGUGCAUAACCAGGUGUUACCUUCCAUCGGGAGUGUGGACGGCCCGGACCCUCUGGUCACUCUUCAGAACCCUAUGAGUAGACUGGAGGCCAAAGAGGAAGAGGAUGAGGAUGAGGAUGAGGACACAGAGGAAGAGGAGGAGGAAGAUGGUGAAGACACAGACCUGGAUGACUGGGAGCCGGAUCCCCCUCGGCCCUUUGACCCACACGACUUAUGGUGUGAGGAGUGUAACAAUGCACACGCCUCAGUGUGCCCCAAGCACGGCCCCUUGCACCCCAUCCCCAACCGUCCCGUGCUCACCAGAGCCAGAGCCAGCCUCCCCCUGGUCCUCUACAUUGACCGGUUUCUCGGAGGUGUGUUCUCCAAAAGGCGCAUCCCUAAGCGCACCCAGUUCGGUCCCGUGGAGGGACCCCUGGUCAGGGAGUCCGAGCUGAAAGACUGUUACAUUCACCUCAAGGUUUCCCUUGACAAAGGGGACAGAAAAGACAGGGACUUGCACGAAGACCUAUGGUUUGAGUUGUCUGAUGAGACCCUUUGUAACUGGAUGAUGUUUGUGCGUCCAGCCCAGAACCACCUGGAGCAGAACCUGGUGGCUUACCAGUAUGGCCAUCACGUGUAUUACACAACAAUAAAGAACGUGGAACCCAAGCAGGAACUGAAGGUGUGGUACGCCGCGUCCUACGCUGAGUUCGUGAACCAGAAAAUUCAUGACAUUUCUGAGGAAGAAAGGAAAGUUCUUCGAGAGCAAGAAAAGAAUUGGCCCUGCUAUGAAUGUAACCGCCGAUUUAUAAGCUCGGAGCAGUUGCAACAGCAUCUCAAUUCUCAUGACGAGAAACUGGAUGUAUUUAGCAGAACAAGAUGCAGAGGGAGGGGACGAGGCAAGAGGCGAUUUGGCCCAGGUCGACGGCCAGGGCGUCCUCCAAAGUUUAUCCGCUUGGAAAUCACCAGUGAAAAUGGGGAGAAGUGUGAUGAUGGGACACAGGACUUGCUACAUUUCUCCCCCAAGGAACAGUUCGAUGAGGCUGAGCCAGCUACUCUGAACGGGCUGGAUCAACCAGAACCGACCGCCCUCCCGAUCCCUCAGCUGCCACAGGAGACCCCGUCUUCCCUGGAGCAGGAGCCGGAAGCGCACAGCCUGCACCUGCAGCCCCAGCACGAGGAGAGCGUGCUGCCCACCCAGAGCACCCUGACCGCCGAUGACAUGCGCAGGGCCAAACGCAUCCGAAACGCAGCUCUCCAGCAUCUGUUCAUUCGCAAGUCCUUCCGGCCUUUUAAAUGUUUGCAGUGUGGCAAGGCCUUCCGUGAAAAGGACAAACUGGACCAGCACUUGCGCUUCCACGGGCGGGAGGGGAACUGCCCGCUGACCUGUGACCUCUGUAACAAGGGCUUCAUCAGCAGCGCCUCCUUGGAGAGCCACAUGAAGCUCCAUUCGGACCAGAAGACGUACUCUUGCAUUUUUUGCCCGGAAUCCUUUGACCGCCUUGAUUUGCUGAAAGACCACGUGGCCAUUCAUAUCAAUGACGGCUACUUCACCUGCCCGACCUGUAAGAAGCGGUUCCCAGAUUUUAUCCAGGUGAAAAAACAUGUGAGGAGCUUCCACUCAGAAAAGAUCUACCAGUGCACGGAGUGCGACAAGGCCUUCUGCCGCCCCGACAAGCUGCGCCUCCACAUGCUCCGACACUCGGACCGCAAGGAUUUCCUGUGUUCUACGUGUGGGAAGCAGUUUAAGCGGAAAGACAAACUGCGGGAACAUAUGCAGAGGAUGCAUAAUCCCGAGAGGGAGGCCAAGAAAGCUGACCGCAUCAGCCGCUCCAAGACCUUCAAGCCUCGCAUCACGUCCACCGACUACGACAGCUUCACGUUCAAGUGCCGCCUGUGUAUGAUGGGCUUCCGGAGACGGGGCAUGCUGGUCAAUCACUUAUCGAAGAGGCACCCGGACAUGAAGAUAGAGGAGGUGCCGGAGUUAACCCUGCCCAUCAUUAAGCCCAACCGCGACUACUUCUGUCAGUACUGUGACAAGGUCUACAAAAGUGCCAGCAAGCGGAAGGCCCACAUCCUGAAGAACCAUCCUGGGGCCGAGCUCCCACCAAGCAUUCGGAAGCUCCGUCCUGCCGGCCCUGGAGAACCAGACCCCAUGCUGAGCACCCACACCCAGCUCACCGGCACCAUAGCCACUCCUCCUGUCUGCUGCCCCCACUGCUCCAAACAGUACAGCAGCAAGACCAAGAUGGUCCAGCACAUUCGCAAGAAGCAUCCAGAGUACGCCCAGCUCCCUAACACCUUGCACACGCCGCUGACCACCGCUGUGAUCAGCACUGCUCCGGCCGUGUUAACCACCGACAGUGCCACCGGCGAGACCGUGGUGACAACAGACCUGCUAACCCAGGCCAUGACAGAGCUGUCCCAGACCCUAACGACCGAUUACCGGACGCCGCAAGGGGACUACCAGCGAAUUCAUUACAUCCCCGUGUCACAGUCCGCAUCCGGUCUCCAGCAGCCUCAGCACAUACAGCUUCAAGUGGUGCAAGUGGCCCCGGCCACCUCCCCUCACCAGUCUCAGCAGUCCACUGUGGACGUGGGCCAGCUGCACGACCCGCAGACCUACACCCAGCACGCCAUCCAGGUGCAGCACAUCCAGGUCACCGAGCCCGCCGCCUCGGCCCCAGCCUCCCAGGUGGCUGGGCAGCCGCUGAGCCCCUCCUCCCAGCAGUCUCAGCAAGGGCUCAGCCCCUCUCACAUGCAAGGCAGCUCCUCGGCCCCAGGCCAGGCACCCCAGCAGCAGCAGAGCUCUGUGCAGCACACGUACCUGCCCAGCACUUGGAACUCCUUCCGUGGCUACUCAUCCGAGAUUCAGAUGAUGACGCUCCCCCCAGGACAGUUUGUGAUUACCGAUAGCGGGGUGGCAACUCCAGUCACAACCGGCCAAGUGAAGGCGGUGACUCCGGGUCAUUAUGUGUUGUCAGAAAGUCACCCGGAGCUGGAGGAAAAGCAAGCCUCUGCCCUUUCUGGGGCAGUCCAGGUUCAGCCAACUCCGCACAGUGACUUGGACCCCCAGACCACCAGCCAACAGCAGCCCACACAGUACAUCAUUACCACCACCACCAACGGGAACGGGAGCAGGGAAGUGCAUAUCACGAAACCUUAACUGCCGUGCCACCCUGGAGCUAGAACCCACAGUCACAUCAUGUCUUUUCUCAUUCAUAAAUCGGAAAGCUUCUGACACUUACAACUCUUUUUUACGAUUUGUCAUUCACUCAAGAGUUUGGAGGUUACAGUUUGGACACUCGUACAAUUGACUGGGGUUUAUUUUAUCAAGGCCACCUUUACCAACUUGACUCUUGGGACCCUAGGAGUUGCUGUUGUGGAAUGGAGAUCUUUCAGUGGCAAGUAGAGUUCAAGAUGGAGACAUUUUACCUUGUUCGUGGGUUGUUUUUUUAAUACAUUGAUAAGCCUUACUUUUCCUUUGUGGAGCUAUUACGUGGCGUAUUGUGUUUGUCCCAAAGGUGGAGAAAGGGUGUGACAAGUCCACGGCCAUGGGCUUCAUUCCAAGCCGUGGCACCAAAGGAGAAGGGGCAUUUUAUGGGUCGAUGUUAGGUCAGAACUGCUUCAUCUUUUGAGUUGGCGGGAACUUAACCAAGGGGGCCUAUUGACUCUGAAAAUAACAAUGAUGAAACAAAGGGUGACAGUGAUGUUCUCAAGGGAAAACUGUCGCCUAAAUUUUUUUUUAUUGCUGAUUGAAAAAACAACAACUUGCCUUUUUAGAAAAAAAUCAUUGUUGGGCGGUUGGUAGUACUUCCCAGAGAUACUGUCCUCAGCACAUAAGGCCAAGAGACCAUGCUCUGCUGGAUCUUACUUUAUUAGUCCACAACGGUGGACUCCCUGUAAUAAAAAGGUUGCCUGAUGUCAGCAGAAUGUAAACUUCUGCGUUAAAGCAUUGCCACCAUUCUCUGAUGCGGUUGUAAUAAGGAGAUACUAGAGAUAGCUGUACCAAGUGAAAUGACGGAGACGGUAUACAUGUAUAUAAAGUGAGAAGCACUGAAACCUUGUCCUGCCUUGCAGGAUCCAUACCAUUCAUUGGUAAAGGCUGAAUUCCUUUCUCUUACCAGGUGUAUAUUCGGCCCUCGCCCACAGCAUUCAGUGUAUUUUAGAAUUUUUAAUGCUUUCUUAAAAUGAACAUUCUGUAAGGUUGGAUGGAAAGAUGGCCCUCCUUAUUUCUUACCACUCUUACCUUAAACAUACUAUAACUCAUCUGGACCCUUGGGUAUGACCAACUUCACACUUAGGGGUAAAAUAAGAACAUGGGGACCAUUUAUAAUACAUUAAGGCAGUGAUUUUCAACCUUUUUCAUCUCACGGCACAUAUCAACUAGUCACUAAAAUUCUGUGGCACACCAAAAACUAUAUUUUUUGCCAAUCUGACAAAAAAGGUAUAAUUUUGAUUUACCAAAAAAAAAUAAUAAUAAUAAUAAUUACCUACCUUUUUGCUUGUAUAUAAAGAUUUCUGGUAUCAAGAACUAACCAAUCAGAUGAAAUCUUAUUAUGCAAUGCGACCAAUAAGGUGCAACUAAUUAUUACAUGAUCUAUAUAUAGGGUGUCCCCCCAAAAUGUAUACACCUACUUUGGAUUAUUAUAAAGGCAAUGUUUAUUAUAAUACAUCUCCUUUGCAAAAUUGAGCUAUCAGCUAUUCAACUGUGUAUACAUUUUUGGGGGGGAACACUAUAUUUAUGGUUCAAGGCAGAGCCUUCAUACCAGACAGCUAUUGUUGUAUUGGCUGUUGUCAUUUUUUUAUUUGACAAUCUGAGAAGAGGCCAGUGCCCCUGACUAAAUAGUCAGGUAUUGAAUGUUUUAAAAAUUCUUCUUGCAGCACACUGGUUGAAAAUCACUGCAUUAAGGGAUCUGGAAGAAAUCCGAUCUUUAUGACUAUUACACUAUCAGUAGGGAAAGGGAAAAAAAAAUCUGCCUCCGUGAUAGUUUUGCUUAUAUGCAUUCCUCUUUGUUAGCUAUGAAUUCAGUGGGGGAAAACAUUUCCCUCCUUUUUACUAUACAUUCCAAUUAUACACAGAAAACACUGCAGAGAUCAGUAUGUAUUUUAACAACUUUUUGUGAUAUACUAACACAUUUUUAGAAUAAUUACUGCUGGUAGAAUUUCUCACUGCAGAACAGAAAGACCUGACUUAAAUUUCAAAUGAAGUUCAUUUAUUUUAUUUACAUUUCUGGGUAAAAACUGGUUCUAUCAAUUAAGUAUAGUAGCUUCUUUAUAGUAAAGAUAACUUUUCUGAAAAGUAAAUGAUUCUACUGAAAUAACUUUACUAAUAUGUAGAUUUUUGCACUUUAUUUCUGAGACCUCAUUUAUCAAGUUAUCCCUGAAAAUUUGGGCUCUAAGAAAACUUGAGAAAGUUAUUUGGGAAAUGUGUAGAAACUGAACAUGGACUCUAUCUUUGGUAACAAAGAGGUAAUGUAAAUAUUUUUAAUAGAAAAUAUUGACCCUGAAUGACGAAGUAGAGACUCUGGGUCCCAGUCCCACAUUGUAAUGAUUGUGCAUAUCCUAGGAUCCAGUCUAGAAUGACGUGCUAGGUGAAGAAUACUACACUUUCCCAAUGGCCCAGUUUAGUUUUAAUACCUUCAAUUUGGCACUCUUGGGUCCUUUUUAAUUUGAAUCAGCAAGGUACCUCCCCCCUCCUCACCUCAGGAGUAACAUUGAUUAACAUAGAAAACUAUCACUAAAUGGAAUGUUCAUUUUAUACCAGUUAUUUCAAGUUUUAAAAUACACAGAAGGAAAUGUGGAAGGACCUCUUUGUCUAUUUCUUAUCUAAGUUUGUUUGUUUGUUUUUUCUUUCUUUCUUUUGUUCUUAUGUGGAAUAAGUAAAUCUCUAAAACUAAUUUGUGUAUUAUCCACCAGAGAUGCAGGUGGCAGUCAAGCCAAAUAACACUGCUUUAAGAUCAGGUAUUCCGCACAUCCAUCCAAGGUAAUAAAUUUUCAAAAGGACUUGGAUUUGAAGAGAUGGCAGAGUAUAAGUCAUCUGAAGACCCAAUUUUGGGGGGAAAUGUUUGUAGCCAAUGUUUAUAUUGUUCUGUUUCUUAAGACACAUUGGCACUGUAGACUUCAAUCAGUGCAGUGUAAAUUUUGGAGUAACAUAGAUUUUACAUUUUUAUUGCUUGAUUUGUGCCCACAUAGUAGACAUUUUAUCAUGUAAAAUUCCUGUUAUCCAGGAAAAAUCUAUUAUUUUGAUUCUUGAAUUGUUGUGUUUUUUUUUUAUUUCCAAUUAUCCUUUCAAAAAACUCUUAGGGCUAAGAAGCACUUGAUGUGAUGCUAAAGCCGACCCCCCGGGUUGAAAAUGUUGACCCUAUCCUGUUAUUUAAAUGUGAACAUUUAUUGUACAUUCAGUGAGUUAUAGUGUUAAUAGUCUUGUGCUACUCAGCAGGUGUAAAAAUUAAUAAAUAUUUUUUUAAAUAAA